GCUUGGCAGGUUGGGAACUGAGAAGGGCUACUGCGUAGGCGACAAGGGACUGAACUGGCCACAAGCUAAAUCCUAUUGGGCCGUGACGCGCUAACCACAAAAAGUUAGCUGCGUUAACUGGGGAAGCUUAUCCUAGCAACCGAAAUAGUUAAGGAAACAGGAGGCUGAAACAGAGGUGGACGAUUUGGCGUAUAUUUUCUUCCAGGGUGUUCAUCUGCAUGAUACGCGCGUAAUGAGUGCAUUGCCUUUACAUGAAUUAUCUGUGCUUCCAUGACAACAACUAUUUGUGUCAGCCUGCUUGUGGGUUUGGAUCAUCGUGCAAUGCGCUUGGGUGGAAGCUCCAUCGGCGCAUGCUCUGGGAUAUGUCUGAACGAAGUUGUUCUCCCGUGUGUGGUUGUUCCCCGGUUUCCUUUCUUUCCUCAAACACCAGCAAGGUCUGGGAUGGAGUCCGCUAGAACGCCAUUUGAACCUCUCGGAGCUGCAAGUCUGAUUCGAAGGACCCGUCCGGGGUUGAAAAAAGAAAUAUCAAAAGUUCGCAAACAUUUAUUAUGGCAUAACAGUGAAGCCAGGCUUGAUUGUGACGCUACGAGUGGGUUGGUUUAUGUUUGAUGGGAGAGAUCCUUGGUUUCAAUCAGCUUCUACGAAGCCUACAUCCCAAGUCUACAGUUUUGGAACUGCCCUUGCAAUGCUAAUAAUAGUAGCUAGCUGGCGAAACAUUAGAAUACCUCCUCGCAAUCCAUCCAAUUCCUAGGAAUAUACUCCGUAUGUUUUCAUCGAUUUUCGACAUACCCGAGACCGGGCCAUGCGGGUAUUUUCCCAACCUCAACAAUAUCAUUUGCAAUAACCAUUCUCCCGCUAACUGCCCCUCGCGCUGCUCCGGAAGUUUGCACCACGGCAGCCAAGCCAUUCUUGCCUUAGGCAGAUUUUCACUACUCCUAAACACAAUAAUAUGGGAUUUCUACUGUGCAUGAGCUGCUUCAAAAGUUGCAUCGUCCUGAUUGCUUCGAAGCCAAUCCCUUCUAUUUUGGAUUCCAAAUCGAGUUUCAAAAUUCUUUUUGGUUUCCUGAAUGUUUGAUCCUAGGGGGCUCAUCAUAUCCCGUGUGAUUUCAGUCAGCAUUGUCCACCUGCAGGACAUUUUUUGUUAAAUAUACUUUUUGUCUUCGGAACUGGAUGUCAAUGCAUGAUAGGGACCGUCUGAGCUCUAUCAAGGAUUAGAGGUUGAAUAGGCCAUGGUGAAACCCAUUCCGAGAAGAAACGAUCUUGGUAACAGAGUUGGGGCAGUUGAAACGGUUGUUUGUGUCCGGACCAAUCACAACCCGCCAAGCCUGUCGCCAAGCGACCCUCACAUUGUCAGCGAACUGGAUUGUCUCGAGGAACUGGAUCUUUCUCAUGUGAGAUGCAUGGGAAUGAAGAUUUAGACACCACAGGCAUUGCCAUCUACCAUUUAUGUGGCGUUGGUUUCUGUGAAAGCCUACCUGUUGGUGCCCCCGCGUUUGCCUCCGCGUUUUCGUACCUCAUUCAACAGGAGAGAACCCGCUCAACGUUUUAAAGUUGUCGGUUUCAAGAUGACUUCUAGAUGGCUCUGUACCUGAGUUAAGCAUUUGCUCUAGUUAGCGAAAGCUCUGAUGCAAUUCUGGGUUUUGAGCUUGGAACGGUUUGACUUCGGGGAUCUCAAACGCGCACUUCCUCUUCGCCAAUCUUGGCCGUUUUGUUCCAAAUUAUUUUUUGUCUUUUAACCUUUUUAGCGUUAAUUGACGGACCAUGUGUUGAAUGUGUUGCAUCAAAAACUUAUUUUUCCCUUUCGGGUGAUUUUUGAAACCGACUAUUUACUGUUUAGCAAUCUUCUAGAGCCCCUACCGCUUUUAGUAGAUGGCUAGCUCUGUUCUGAGAACUGACACUUCUUAGGUUUUGCCUUGUGUGUGAGCAACCCCGAGUUAAAACCUGUAGGGCCGAUUUGGCGCGGCUGAUCUGCUCUGAGAUAGGCUUAAGCCUCCCUUUGGAAAUAACCAUUAGCUCCUUUUGGAACGAUUUCAUGCAAUUCUAUCAUUUUCUGGGAAAGAUCGUAAGUGCGGCGGUCACAUAUCAUCAAUCUGCAGGGACGAUUCCUCCCACUCUCUACCAACAAGCAAAUUUUCAGAAACAGAUCAGGCACCAGCAACCAUCGCCACUCUGAUUUAUGCGCUACCUCUGCUAGUGUCAGGAACCGUUUUUGGCUCAGGCACAGGCUCUUUUAAAUAGGGUAAAUAUAAGACUGCCCCAUGCUGCGUUUUCAAGUUUGUUCUGUUAGGAUUAUUCCAAAGAGUUUGAUAACUACUGUCUUUUCUUCUAUAUAGCAGCUUUUAUUUCUGGAAAAUAUUGCACUGGGAAUCAUGUCUUCGACUAUCCGCUCCACCUCCCUACCGACGGAUGCUCGAUCCACGACACCCCUUCAGCUAGACCGGAUUGGGCACCGUAUCCAAAAGCAUCGAAAAACAGCUUCUGCAGGGGGAGGUCGGGCAUGGACUGAAGAAGAAGAAACAUAUCUCAUACGGACUCGCCUGCACAAAAUGCCUUACAAGCAUAUUGCUGCCCACUUGCGCAAGACUGAACUUGCUUGCCGCCUCCAUUAUCAUCAGAUGUCAUACGGCAACCGGCGUAGACGCACGGAGUCUAUGUCUUCCAUCAGUUCGAUUUCGCCACUGCCGACGACGCAGGAAUACCCUCUUGAAUACAAGCCAUCUGAUAACAUGUACACCGCGCCAUCUUCCCCAAGCCCCCGGUCAAUAAUGCCUUCCAGAGCAUCUUCCGUAGUCGAUUCUCCCCAACAAUCUCGCUCUCAUGUUCCCAUUCUUCCGAAACCAAACACUUCCGCACUGCCCUCCGUACAGUCGGCAUCCGCCGCAAAUAUCAAUAGUUCCCUUGGAUUGGAUACUUCCAUUUUCCACAGCCAGGACAACCAGUCCAGCUCCUUCGAUCACCCUGAAAGCAUCGAUACCAUCCGACUCCGGGGUCUCUAUGAUACCCACCGCGAUUCCUUCUGGUCACUAAUUGCAUCAGAUUACUCGAAAAAGUUCAGCUUCCCACCUAUCAAGCUCGAAGAGGCAUUCUUCCACGCAAUAUUCAACUCGUAUAGAGGCCGUGGUACAUCUCCUCCUACUCCUUGCCCCAGUCCCCAGGACGCAAUCCGCGAACUACAAAUGGCAACAGACAACGCUGGGUUUCACGCCAUCAACAGGCCAUAUAUAUCGUCCAUUUCAGAGCUGAACAACCCAAUAAAUAGCCGCUCCCCCGUUGAGAAAUGCGCUGUGGCUUCGUUGCUUACUGUUGAGAGAGACGUGUUUGCCCCAAAGGGAAUCGCGAGUACUUGAACUACCAACUUGGCGCUUUACAUAUACUGGAAGCCUAUAUGGGUUAUAGAAACCCUCAUACGACUAGGAGAUGCUCAAACAUUCCCGACAGCGAUGUUUAUUCAAGGCCCAAAUUCAUUACCACCUUCUCUCGGUAUUUUUCCUUGUUUCGCUUUCUCUUUCUCGGCUUCGACUUUGUAUUAUGAUGAUGAUUUAAUGUACUGGAUCACAUUUCCUAUCUCCUUUUUUCCCUGUAGGUACGUAGGUACAGGAGUUUGGUGGAAGACAUUUACGCUUUUCGCUCUUUUUGUCUCUCCUUUUUCUGCGCAAUUUUUAUUUUUGUAUUUGGUCUGGUGGAGGAGCACGGCAAAGGUCAUGGCCCAACGAUUAUGUUCGUUUAGGAACAGCUCUUUUU